GGAAAUCUACAUAUAAUGGUGAUAAAUCUCUUUCAGCAGGGGUGAUCAAUGUGACGUAGAAGCAGGUAAGACCUUUUAAGUCCCACAAGACUUUGCGUGAAAACUCGCGCCGCUCGCGCACUCAAAGCACUCCUACUCCUACGAUAAAAAACAUAAUGUCAAAUGUCCCUAUACUCGUCGUAGCGCUUCACUGUGCUGUAUACGUGUAUUCUCACAUCGGCGGCGUGGACUCGAGACCUCCAGACUACGAGCCGACCGGACCGGUCACUGACGACGCGGCGGAAGCGACAAGAGCUGUGACGGAAUAUAGCGAAAAUGUUCAGAGACCGGUCGUGCCCAUUUUGAAGAGAAAGUUCAACCGUCUCCCGGGUUUAUGCAGGCGUCUCCGGAGGAGGAGGAUAACGAUUCUGUGUAACACAUCAAAGUUCUGCUCUGCGACGACACGUUCUCAGCAUGGCCACAUCUGCUCCUGCCCGAAAGGAUCAAAAUGCACUCAUUUCUUUUUAUGGAGUUUGUGACCCCUUUC